AUGGCUCCACGACCCAUCGUUGCGGCGACGCUGCAGGCCGCCAUGUUGGGUGCCAUUUCCAAUGUCCUUGCCCAGUUCAUCACGGCGAGCAGGACAAAGACCGAGUUCUCGAUAGACUGGAUUCCUGUCCUCCAGUUUCUGCUGUUCAGUACCGUCAACACGCCUCCCAACUUCCUCUGGUUCGUCAUCGCGCACCGCCAUCCCCGACUCCCCUCCUCUGCCCAGUCGUCUCGUGACUCACCCUCGCGCAGGCAGGAAUUUCUCGAGUCCACCUUUCCCGCACGCCCCCAACCUCUGUCUUCCUCUGGAAAUGGUCGGGCCAAGGGCAAGCAGCAAGGGCGUAAGGGGCAGUCGGACCGGAAGCCAGAGCAGGUUGUGCGGGAAGAAAUCCCCUUGUCCGUCCGCAACACAGUCAUCAAGUUCGCCCUUGACCAGACCAUCGGCGCCGCUGUCAACACGCUCCUCUUCAGCACCUUCAUGCGCGCCCUCCACGAAGCCAUGCACCCAGUCCCACGCAUGACCAAUCUCUUAAAGGCUGUUAAUUACUGGACCGCCCCGUCGGCCAUCGACUUUUCUCGCGUCGACGGAAGCGCCGUGUGGGAAGCGGCGCAGGCUGAAUUCUGGUCCAUCGCCUUUGCUGGCCUCAGGUUUUGGCCCUUUGUCAGUCUGCUGAACUUUACCGUCGUCAAGACGGUCGCUGGGAGGAACCUGGUCGGUUCACUGGCUGGCGUUGUCUGGGGGGUUUACAUGAGCAUGGUGGCGGCCGCUCAGUAG